AUGGUGUCCCGAUCUUUGCCCAGAGGUCCAUUUACAGUCCGAUUCCACCCACGCCCAACGCCAUCUGUAGGUACAGCAGGAGCCACUGGGGCCAUGCGACCUGCGUCAGCAAUCAUCAGCCCCGCCCGACUGGCAGCCGCGCCUUACGUAGCCAGGAGUCCAAUACAAAACCAUUCCCCAGCGAUCCAUCCCAAGUUGGAUGCCGAGGCCCGUCUUGCCGUGCUCGCCCUGAUCAACCCUGAUCUUGAGCCAGCCCCGAUCAUCCCUGAUGCUGAGCCCGCCCCAAUCAUCCCUGAUGCUGAGCCCGCCCCAAUCAUCCCUGAUUCUGAGCCUGCCCCAAUCAUCCCUGAUGCUGAGCCCGCCCCGAUCAUCCCUGAUCUUUGCAGCAAUGAUGCAGCCAGCCACACCGACAACAAUCACGCAGACCAAGAUUCUGGUUCUGGUGCACCCAAAACCAAGCUGACCACCACUUCCCGAGAGUCAGAUCAUGCUGACACCAUGACCCUUAUGCGACUCGCUGAGGAACUAGCGCUCCCCGCAGAUCAGAUGGAGCGGUUCCGGGAAGUAGCCCAGCUCCCUGAGCCCAAUCGCUUGAUGGGUGUCUUCAUGUACAUGGUAUGGAUCCAACACCGACUUGAAACUCUCCCGUCCGAUCAUCCGCUUGAUCCCACCCCAGCCCCUGUUGCUAAUCCCCCCCCUGAGCAAGCCAGGGGUUUUGUUUACCAUCGCGAAGCCCGAGUGAGCUCAGUCCUUAUUUGUUGCUAA